GUUCUCAGACUAAUGUGAUACGAUCAGCUGUUCGUGUAAAGACUGGAUGCGAUGGUUGACUUCAUUUUUUUAAGGAGCAGAAAAUCCAAAAAGCAGUGAAUAUAAACAUUUUGGAUCACUUAAUUAGUACCGUUACAGCACCAUAAUGAAGUACGUUGGCACAAGAUCAGACGAAUUCGGUAAAUUCUCUUUUGAAGAAGCGAUAUUCUCAGCCGGUUAUUUACCAGACGGAGGGCUUCUCAUUCCAGAAGUUAUCCCGGAGCUGUCGGCGAGCUCUCUGCGAGAAUGGUCAUCGCUCUCGUAUGCUCAGCUGUGUAAAAAGAUAUUCCCGCUGUUUGUUGGCGAAGACGAGGUUCCAAAUUCUGAUUUGAAUGAUAUCAUCGAUCAAGCAGUUGCCAAAUUGAAACAUCCAGAGGUGUUAACGGUGGCAAGGUUGUCCAAUGGACUGAACGUUGCGGAGCUAUUCCACACGAAGACCUUGGCAUUUAAAGAUCUUUCUAUGGUGACCACAGGCCAAUUCAUGAAGUACUUUUUAGCAAAAAAGAAGAAGAAUAUUAUCCUUAUUGUUGGCACAUCGGGUGACACAGGAAGUGCAGCUAUCGAAGCGGUCAGAGAUCAUGAUUACAUUGAUUUCAUUGUACUAGUACCUCGCUGUUCUCGGCUCCAGAAACUCUCCAUGUUUACAGCCAUCGAUAGGAACAUCCACAUCUUUCAUAACCCUGAAAUGUCUUCAGAUGAUAGCGAUGUCGUGAUCAAACCCGUCAUGACCGAUACUGCCUUUAAAGAGCGUCAUCGACUUGGUACCCUCAACUCCAUCAAUUGGGGUAGAGUGAUGGGCCAGAUUGUUCAAUAUUUUUUCACCUACCUCUCCAUGUGUCCGUCCUGUGACAAGGUCGUCGAGAUGAUCAUUCCAACAGGGGCUUGUGGCAACAUGACUGGUGCAUGCAUAGCCAAGAAAAUGGGCUUACCUAUUAAGAUAGUAUGUGCUGUCAACAGUAAUGAUAUAGUCCACAGGACAUUUGCGAACAACGAUUACUCCAUGAAUGAAGUCACGGCUACCUUGUCCCCAGCUAUGGACAUUCAGAUACCAUACAAUGUUGAGAGAGUAAUGUGGCUGUUUUCCGGUGGAGACCGUGCUCACAUUAAAGACGUCAUGGCUCAAUUUGAGAAGGAUGGUAAAGCAACCAUGGAUUCCGAAUUGUGGAAAAAGAUACAAGAGACUGUAAGCACCUGUUCAGUGAGUGACCAGACAGUGACAGACACUAUUAGAAGAUGCUGGAAAGAAGAAGGCUAUGCUCUUUGCCCUCACACAGCUGUAGCUGUUGCUUACUACUACCACAAACUUGCUAACCCAGACCCGAGCUCUCCGUCCAUCAGCGUCUGCCUCGCAACAGGCUCACCCGCCAAGUUCCCAGAGGCACUGGAUGCUGCCGGUCUACCAGCCGUCGCUUCGGAGGAGGUCGACAGGUGGCUGUCACUUCCGGCUCGCUUCUCCAAGAUGCCUCGAGAUGGGAGUGAGGAGAAGGUCUUACGAGACAGGAUUGAGGGCAUCACAGCGGCCAGGGAGGCUGGCUCGAAGGGUGAUCUGUACGAGAGUGGACAUCUCAUUCUCUAGGGGGGUGUUGCAAGAAAAUAUCUGCAAUCAAUUGCAAAUAUUCUGUUGUAAUUUCACAAUUGAUAGAUCAAUUUCAGCUGCAGCAAAUCAGGUUGCAUUUGUUGAUUCAAAAAACAGAUUUGCAAUCAAUCGCAAAUUUUUAAUCAAUUGCAAGAUAUAUGAUUCAAUUGAUCGCAUAGGUCUUCUGUUUCCUGGACAUACCCGAGGGGUCUUUCAAUGAGCUAUAUUAACCCGCUACUGACUGGAACCGGGUGAUCCCUAUACAGAACCUACAAGAAUUAUAGACUUUCAGUGGAUUACAUGAAGAACAGGGAAGUAAAAAAUGUAGAACUCAAAGAUUAGGAAAAUGACUAUAAUAGCAAUGCAAAGGUCAUUUUUGUCUCACCUGCAUAGCAGAGUGAGACUAUAGGCGCCGCUUUUCCGACGGCAGCGUCAACACCAAAUCUUAACCGAAGGUUAAAUUUUUUAAAUGACAGCAUAACUUAGAAAGUAUAUGUACCUAGUUCAUGAAACUUGGCCAUAAGGUUAAUCAAGUAUUACUAAACAUCCUGCCUGAGUUUCAUGUCACAUGACCAAGGUCAAAGUUCAUUUAGGGUCAAUGAACUUAGACCAUGUUGGGGGAAUCAACAUCAAAAUCUUAACCUAAGGUUAAGUUUUUGAAAUGUCAUCAUAACUUAGAAAAUAUAUGGACCUAGUUCAUGAAACUUGAACAUAAGGUUAAUCAAGUAUCACUGAACAUCCUGCAUGAGUUUCACGUCACAUGACCAAGGUCAAAGGUCAUUUAGGGUCAAUGAACUUUGGCCAAAUUGGGGGUAUCGGUUGAAUUACCAUCAUAACUUUGAAAGUAUAUUGGUCUAGUUCAUAAAACUUGGACAUAAGGGUAAUCAAGUAUCACUGACAAGUUUUAGGUCACAUGAUCAAGGUCAAACGUCAAUGAACGUAGUAUUGUAUCAUUAUAUGAAUGGUGUUUUUUGUGAAUAAUUAUUUUAUAGUAGUUUUCAAAGUCAGCACUGCUGCUAUAUUGAAUCGCGUGAUGCAGGUGAGACCGCCAGAGGCAAUCGGAUCCACUUGUUUAAUAAUCUUGGUCAUUAAAUCACACUGCCCAUUAUACAUCAGGCUUUAAAGAUAGGAAAAGAAAGGUUAGGAAUGAGAGUACUACAGCUAUAAAAGGGUUCCAUGCCAUUUGCCCUUGCGACAAUUGCUCCGCAGAAAAUUCAACACACUAAUGGAAUGACCAACUUCAACCUUGGAUUUAAAAUUAUACCCUAUCCUAAACGUAACAUAAAACCCUAUGCAACCCUAUAUCUUAGAUGAAAUAAAGCUCGGAGAAUUGUCGCCGGAGCAAAUGUCGUGUCACCUAUCUAAGAGGCAGUCUGGAAGUACAAUCUCUACAAGAGUGGUCAUCUUGUCCUCUAGGUACACACAACAAUAUCAACCCACUGCCUACUUGACUGGUUGGGACCUUUACAAAGCCUAUGGGAAUGACAGAACUCAUCAGUCAACUGGUUAAUCAAAAUUUUGACAAUCAACAAAAGUUUAGUGUGUGCAUUAAAAACCAGCUUUUGAACAAUUUUUGGCCCUUUGUGUCAGUUGUGUAAAUUUGCUGUAAUGUUUUAACUCCAUAUCUGGUUGUCACAGAUUUGGUCUCAAAAGUGUGGGACUAGAAAGAAAAAUGUCAUAAAAUGCUGUGCACGUUGUUCUAGGGCAUUUUAAAAAUUGUAUGAAGUGUAGCCCCCCCCCCCCUCCCAUUACAGUAAUAGCUAAACAAUUACCCUUGUUGUACCCGUCUAGUAUACAUUUUAUGAAGUCAAUUAAAAUGUUUGUGAUCAUCAUGUGAGCAAUGACAAUUAUACCAAAUACAAAUAACCUUUGUUUCUAAAAGUAUUUGUUUAUAUAUAUUUUUUGAUGGAAAAUCUACAGUGCUGCUCAGAAGUAAGUGAACCCCACUAGAAAAUGAACAUAUUCAAAGUGUUCAAGUUCUGCCAUGUCUUACAUAUUUAAUUGUCAAGUCAGGCAAUAAAAUAUUCAUAUUCAAUAAAUUUGAUUCUCUGGGCUCGCCGAACAUUGUAGAGUUGUUGUCAACAUUCGGCAUGAAGGAUUAGAUUGUAUGUUGGGGUUCACUAAAUUUUGAGUACAACUAUAUAUAGGCACGAUGUCAAGGUGAAGAUAUUAUUAAUAUCAGAUUACGAAAUUAUAUAACUGUAAAUUGCAUUUACAAAAGAAAUAAAGUUCCGCAGGUAAUUAUUAUGAAAAGGUUCAAGAUAUCACUGAAAUCCAUACUGUAAAGGUGUGGAUUAUUGAAUUAUCUCUUCUGCAAUAUUUUAGAUGCCUAGGCAUUGAAAUAUCAUUAAAUUUGUUUACUCGUUCAAAUUCAAAAAUUUAUAUUCUAUUCUAAUAUUUUCAAUGUAUGAUUGAAUUGAAUCUGAAUUUUAUCGUUGAAUGUGAAUGAGUGCAUGUAUGAAUGACAAAGAAUUUAUAAAGAUGAAAAUUGUAUCAAUUCCUUACUAAUGGCAAUAUGCAUUAGACAUAUUUUAUUUUCUGAUAAUCUUGCCAGUUCUAAACAAAUUUAUUAUCUGUAAUUAAUACUGUUAUAUUUUGUGCCUUUUUAAAGGAAAUGAUGGAUCUCUGUUGUAUAUUACUAAAUCACAGUUGUAUGUGAUGAUGGAGAUAUUGAAUUGAAAAAAAAUAACCAUAUUCUAAUAAAAAAAGGUGGAUACAAUAUUCUUCAAAAUAUUAAAAUGAUGUGAUUCCAUAA